AUGGAUCAGAACAACAACCCCCCGCCUUAUGCCCAGGGUGCCAUGACUCCUGGAAUCCCUCUCUUUAGCCUAGUGAUGCUUUAUGGCACAGGACUGACUCCACAGCCUAUUCAGAACACCAACAGUCUGUCUAUAUUGGAAGAGCAGCAAAGACAGCAGCAGCAACGGCAGCAGCAGCAGCAGGCAGCAGUGGCAGCCGUUCAGCAGUCGACGUCCCAGCAGGCAACGCAGGGGGCCUCGGGCCAGACACCACAGCUUUUCCACUCACAGACUCUUACGACCGCACCCUUGCCGGGCACCACUCCCCUGUAUCCCUCCCCCAUGACCCCCAUUACCCCUGCCACGCCAGCCUCAGAGAGCUCUGGGAUUGUGCCGCAGCUGCAAAAUAGUGUAUCCACAGUGCAUCUUGGUUGUAAACUUGACCUAAAGACCAUUGCACUUCAUGCAGGGAAUGCUGAAUAUAACUCCAAGUGGUUUGCUGCUGUAAUUAUGAGAAUAAGAGAGCCCCGGACCACUGCACUGAUAUUCAGUUCUGGGAAGAUGGUGCGCACAGGAGCCAAGAGUGAAGAACAGUCCAGACUAGCAGCAAGAAAAUAUGCCAGGGUUGUACAGAAGUUGGGUGUUCCAGCUAAGUUCUUGGACUUCAAGAUUCAGAACAUGGUGGGGAGCUGUGAUGUGAAGUUCCCUAUAAGGUUAGAAGGCUUUGUGCUUACCCACCAACAGUUCAGUAGUUAUGAGCCAGAGUUAUUUCCUGGUUUAAUCCACAGAAUGAUCAAACCGAGAAUUGUUCUCCUUAUUUUUGUUUCCGGAAAAGUUAUAUUAACAGGUGCUAAAGUCAGAGCAGAAAUUUAUGAAGCCUUUGAGAACAUCUACCCUAUUCUAAAGGGUUUCAGGAAGACAACGUAAUGGC